AUGGGUGAUUGUAAGAAAGAGAGACAGAAGCACUACAACAUUGCCCUGGUAUCAGACUUCUUUUACCCGCAGCCGGGCGGAGUGGAGCUCCACAUUUACCACUUAGCACAGAACCUGAUUGCUCGGAACCACAGCGUGGUCAUCAUCACGCAUGCCUACGGCGACAGACAGGGGAUCCGCAUUUUGACUAACGGUUUGAAGGUUUAUUAUGUCCCGCAUUUAGUGUUCCACCGACAAUCUACUUUCCCAUCGGUCUUCUCGGCUUUUCCGAUUCUCCGGCAGAUAUUCAUCAGAGAGUCCAUUGAGAUUGUGCAUGGACACGGCAGUUGCUCCUCACUUUGUCACGAGGGUAUUGUGCACGCCAACACAAUGGGGUUGAAGACGGUAUUUACCGAUCACUCCUUAUUUGGAUUUGCCGAUGUGGCGUCUAUCAUCCAAAACAAGCUUUUGAAGUUUACACUCACAGACAUCGGGCACGUCAUCUGCGUUUCGCACACAUGCAAGGAGAACACUGUAAUCAGGGCAUCGUUGGAUCCAUCGAUAGUAAGUGUCAUUCCGAAUGCAGUCGUGCAUGAAGAUUUCAAGCCUGCGCUGAUACGACCUUCUUUAAACAAGAUAACAGUGGUAGUGAUCUCACGGCUUUUCCAGAACAAGGGUGCUGAUUUAUUGACAGCCAUUAUCCCAAGGUUGUGCUCAGACAGACCAGACAUCAGGUUUUUGAUUGCAGGUGACGGUCCCAAGUUCAUUGACCUUGAGCAGAUGCGUGAACGCUACCAGUUGCAGGACAGGGUCGAGUUGGUGGGCAGCAUCAGACACGAACAGGUGCGGGAUAUUAUGGUGCAGGGACAGAUCUACCUGCAUCCAUCACUCACAGAGGCUUUCGGUACAGUUUUGGUCGAGGCUGCCUCCUGCGGUCUGUUAGUAGUCACCACCAAUGUUGGAGGUAUCCCGGAAGUAUUACCGAGCAAAAUGACAGUGUUCGCCGAUCCAGAUGAGGACUCCCUUGUUGAAGCGGUCAACUCGGCAAUGAUUAAGCUUAAGGAGAAUACUGUCGAUACUUCAAGCUUCCACUCCGAAGUCAAGAAGAUGUACGGCUGGGCAGAUGUCGCCAGGCGUACGGAGAAAGUGUACGACGAUGUUUUCAAAAGGGAAAACACCUUGCUAAUCAAUAGGCUUAUCAAAUACUACAAUUCAGGAUCGUGGGCAGGCAUCCUUUACGUUCUUUGUGUUGUUACGGAUUUCCUCAUUUUAGGUAUUUUGGAGAUUCUUUACCCGAAGGAUAAGGUAGAUUUGGCUAGGAAAUGGCCCCGUAGAAGCGCCAGCAGCCACCUCACCUCGUAG